UUUCCGCCGAGUGGCGUCGUAAGCACGGUCGCGCGGGCCGCAACCAUCGUGUUCUGGGCCGGCUUUGUUGAGCAGAUGCUUCAAGAUUGCGUGUGCCAUGCGUCAAGUCAAACACAUUUGUUUUUAGCGGCCUUGCGAGGGGAUGUUUAAACAGUCUGAAAACUCCAAGCCGCCCGAAGGCGGCAACACCCAGCUUCGUCAGAGCACGUCUGGGAAUCCGUUUGCAUUGACUGUUUCGGCCGCAUUCUCGUCGGAUGCCUCGACAGUAGUGAGUGGUGGUCCGGCAGCCUCGACCCAAAGUUCAUUUGGGAAUGCAAACAAGCUUAGCUUCGGCGCCAAGUGGGAUUGCUCAGCAACCACGGCACCCAUUUUCACCUUUGGAGGCUCUGCUGAAAUGUCGUGCAGUGCAAGCCAGAGUGGGUUCAAAGCAGAACAAGGCCUCUACGGAAUGGCAGAGCUUGGAACCAAGGCAGAACAGCCGUUCAAGCUGCCAUUUUCGUCAUCCGGGGCUGCUACCUUGUUUGGGAAUGCUGCGCUCGGCUCGCCACCUCCUUCAAAUGAGGCAACAAUGUCGUCAUUCAGUGGUGUCGCUACGUCCCAGCCAGUCCUGUAUGGCAACAGUGGAAACACACCAACUGGAAGCUCAGCUGUGUUUGGCCAGAGGAGCACAUUUUCAAGCACCCAAGCUCCUCAUAGCACCACUGCAAUUGAAGAGCCGAAAAAAAUGUCCCAGUCAAACAUUUUUGGAAACACAAAGGAGGUGUGUGAUGCUGGACAGACGGGUGAGAAUGCUGCCUUCUACUUAGCUUCCUCGCUGCAGGUCAAGACUGGCAUGUUUGCCAACUUGCAAAAACUGCCACCAGCCAUGAGCUCCGUGCCACCUAGCGUGUUUGGGGUGCAGAAGCCGAGCGAGGUGACCUCUGGAACAGCAGGCAUUUUUGGCAGUGAAUCUGCCACUCUCGCAGUGCAGCCGACGGUUCGGCCCCUUUUUGACAACAUUGUAGAAAAGGACAAGACCUCCGAGGAUGCACACCAGCCUACCGAAAAGGUUGGCUGUGUGCAGCCAUCGUGUCAGCAAAGGAGGCAUGGCACCAAGGUGACUGCGACGCCCGAGGAGAUCAGCGUAUUGACCACAUUGCUGUGCAAUCAGGUGCCUGCAGAGCUCAACGAUCGCGAAGUGCUGCUCGAGCACUUUGCCCAGUUUGGUCGGGUCGAGCGCAUCAUCUGCAACCUCAAACGCAAGUGUGCUACCAUUCAUUUCACCGACCACCAUUCCGCGGAGUUGGCAAAGAAAAGAGGGACCACCAUCUCCAAGCAGUUUCCCCCCGUGGAAAUUUUCUGGUGCUCAAAGAGGCGACCUUCUGGUGUGGGUGACAUUCCCCUAUGCAGUUCAAGCACAGAGGUUGAACUUGCCAAGCCCCGUGUCCUGGAGAGACCUCGAGCAAGCAGCGCAACACGGCGGGUCCGGUCGCAGCUGGACCGAGGCUCCAAACGAACGACAGCCUCACAUGUCAAGGCUGGCGAGAGUGCCGACAACCCGGUGGUGGCCAAGACCCACCAUGCAGAGGAAUCCCUGUCGUCGCUACUCAGGCAGUCUGCACACAGCGUGGGAGAACGCUUUCGAGUGCUUGAUGCGCGGGACAAGAUCAUUCGGCUGCGGUUGGAGAAGCAGAGCGACCUGGCCACCGCACGGGCCACCAGGGGCGCCUGCCCCGACAUGUGCCCCGAGAAGGAGCGCUACUCGCGCACCGACAAGAAGUGCCUCUCCUCUUUCGAGAUCCUCCCCGGCAGUGAUGGGGUGAUGGACCACACGCGUAUGGUCAAGGAGUACAGCCGCUCCUCUGCUGACCAGGAAGAGCCCCUAGCUCACGAACUGCGGCCACCCCACGUGCUACGACACACCAUGGACUACCUGCUGGUUCACCUGAUGGACUCUGCCUCCGGCACAGCGCCAGCCAUGGGAGAGUGGUACGACUUCAUCUGGAACCGGACACGGGCCAUCCGCAAGGACAUCACGCAGCAGCACCUGUGCGAUGAAGUGUGCGUAGCUCUGGUGGAGCAGUGUGCGCGCUUCCACAUACACUGUGCUGCUGCCCUCUGCGAGGAGGACAUGUCAGCCUUUGACCCUAAGAUCAACAAUGAGAACCUGGUCAAGUGUCUGCAGACGCUCAAGCACUUCUACUACGACCUCUCCCUGCGCGGGUUGCGCUGUCCAAAUGAGCCGGAGUUUCGGGCAUACGACGUGCUCCUGCAUCUCACCGAGGGAGACACCAUCAGGCAGGUACAGAAGCUGCCUGCCUGGGUGCGCUGGUCGGCCGAGGUGAAGCGUGCGGUGGCUGCAUUUGCAGCCCUCAACAGCAACAACUAUGUGCGCUUCUUCCGGGUGGCGGCCCAAGCACCCUACCUGGCGGCCUGCCUCCUGCACCGCUACUUUGGACAGGUGCGCCUACGCGCCCUCCAGACCUUCCUCAAGGCCUUCUGCCAGCCCAACCACAGCGAGGAGUUCUCGCUGGAGGUGUUGGGGCGGCAGCUGGGCUUUGAUUCAUCAUCCGAGGUGCGCGUGUUUGCAUCCGCCCUGGGACUGCGCACGAGUGAGCAGGCUCUGCUGCUGGACCGUGCCUCCCAGAUCCAGCCAGAGUUGAUGGGUGCCCUGCCAGUGGGGCGCUCCCAGGCGCUCGUCGAGUCCAAGCGCAUCACCUCGGUAGGAGAGGUGGUGAACGGGGGUCCCCUGCCUCCAGAUCCCCAGGAGAAAUACCAGCCACAUGACAGCUUCAUGCUGGAUGGCACGCUACGCCCGGCAGCCUAUGACGCCACUGACCAAGUCCUGAAAUGCUGGGGAGAGAGUACACAGAAGGAGCAAGAGCCUGCCCCAGAGGUGGAACGACAGCCAGAGCCAGAGCCAGAACCAGGGCCAAUUGCAUACCCUGAUGAGGUGAUCGAAGAAGUGCUGCAUGCGUUGGUCGAGGGUGUGGUGCACCACGAGCUGGAGGCCCUGGGGCAGGACCUUGUGCUCACCAAGGUGGCUGAGCUGACAGCCACGGCCCUGCUCGAGGAAGAGACACACCAGCUCUCCAAGGUGGCUUGCCGGGAAGAGUACCUCCGUGCAGAAGAGCAACGUCUGCAGGAGAAGCUGCUGGCCAAGAGACAGGCGCGAGAGGAUGAGGAACAGGCACGAGAGCAGCUUGCAGCUGAGAUCCUGCGCGAGGGCCUGGAGAGUGAGACGGAGGACCUCUGCAGGGGCUGCCACGGUGAGGCCCUGGGCCGGUGGCAGUGGGCCCAGAGUCAGCUCAUCCUGGCGAGCCUGCUGGACGAAGUGCCCCUGGAGGAAAGCAGCCGUGCGGCCAGGGACAGCCUGGCCGAGGAAUGGGCACAGCACGAAGACAACUGCAAGCGGGCCGACCUCUUUCGCCGUCACUCCCUACUGGCUGCAGCAUUUGCUCGCUGGGUGGAGUUCUGCGAACGAGAGAAGCGCCAGAGGAGAGCCCGCGAGAGCUUCCCUGCAGCUCCCAGCAUGCGGUGCAACCUGACUGAUCCCAGCCUCAAACUGGAGCCAUCGCUGCCCCACAAGAGGGCCAGGAUCAGCUGGGACUGCCUGUCCAAGGGGCUCGACGCAGGUGUGCUGAUGAGUGCCCUGACAGAAGAGCUAGAGCGAGCCCCACUAGACCUGGACCAGCUGCUAAGGUACAUCAGCACUGAACAGCAUGAAUUCCCAUUCAAGUUGGUCGUGUGUCUUCCAUCGGCCAACUGUGUGCAUUCGUACAAGGCACAGCAGACCGUGUCCCGUGUGCGCUGCAAGCUGGGUUGUCUGCCUCAGCUGGAAGAUGCCAAGGUGGAAACCAUAGCCAGCCGGCAAGGCAGUGCCACACCCUUCUGCCUGACGGUUGUGCACGGGGGUGACUUCUCCUCCGAGGGAUGGGACUCUGCCGGAAGGCCUCGGCUACUGUGGGGCACAUCUGCUCUGCUGCUGCUGCUUGUGGAUGCAGAUGAACCCAAGGACCAGUUGGAGAGGAGGCUGGCAGAGACCUUGAGGGACGCUUCGAGGCUGCGCCCAGUGCCGUGCGUGUGCGUGGUGGACCUGGCAGACCCGGCUGUCAUUGGGAAUGUCGUGGAAGAGGGCCACCUCCGAGGGCUGCUUCCCCAAGUGUGGCGCAUCUUCUCCUGCAGCCGAGGAAAGGCACCUCCCCGCAGAGUGCUGGAGGAGGCAGUGUGGUGGUGUUCACAGUUCCGUGCUGUGCCUCCUCCGCUGCAAACCAGCCUGCUGAGAGACUUCAUCAGGACAGGCGUUUACCAGCUGGUCUUCGAUACCAUCAACAGUGACCUGACCCAACAUCGGUUGCGUUGGCAGUUCCCCAACGACAUGAUCAAGCUGUACAACUGUGCACUGGACCACCUUGCAGCCGUGGUGGCCUCGGAGCGGCUCCUUGAACUGAGCGUGGUUGCACCAGAGAUCAAACAUCCAAGGUACAGCCAAGACUGGAAUGAACCUCACCGCCUCAAGGUACUGUGCAGGCACAUGAAGUCGUUGAAGCUAGCGGAGGUGUGUGGCGAAACUCACGAUGUGGCUACGUUGAGCAGCUACGUUGAGCAGCUGUGCAACCAGCAUGGAUGUCUUAUCCACCGGAAGGCAGCUGUGCUCAGAAGCAUUGCCAAUGUGCUCGAACAGCAUGGGGAGAGCAGUCCUUGGCUGUCGUCUGCAACACCCUGGGUUGACGUCCUGCAAGAGUGCUUUUGCCAUCUUCUCUUUGGGUCCAGCUUUAAGGAUGAGGGCACCGGGGACGAGAUGGUGGUGCACUACCUUCCUGCUGAGCUUGACCAGUUCAACGCCUGGGACACUUGGGUGGACAUCACGCUUCGGCCCACCAGGGGUGCUUCCAUGGUGAGUCCGCCCCUGAAGCCUGAGACCACCGGCCUGCAGCCAGUGACAGCCGCUUCGAGUCUCGUCUCCUCUGCUGGGCAGCAAAAAGUGCUGCAACCUGUUGGCGGAACAGAUCAAGUGCUUGGAACUUCAGACUCGCAGCGCCUGCAUCAGUUCGAGAUGAUGCUUUCACGCCAUAAGAGCUUGUCAGCCUCAUUUUCUUCUCAGCUGGAAACCAUGCUGACAACUCCCAGCAACGUCUCCACACUUGGCCAGGAGGACAACAAAGAAAAUGAUGUGCCAUGCUUUGGGUCUACUUGCGAACAGAAGGUUGAGGAUAUGCUUGCGGUGCUGGAGGCAAGAGUUCAGGAAAGCCGGAAGUCGUCAGUAAUGUUCCACACAUUUGCAACGACUGUACUGAAAUCAUGAAGACCAUCAAAGAAGCAAAACUGUAGUACUAAGUGCAAAAAAAAGUAUCUUGUCAUUGCUUUCAGUAGCUUUCUCUAUUUCA